AUGGGGGAUCGGAAAAUAUCUCAACCUUCCAUUGCUGCUGUGCUCACCUCGGGUCAAGAUGUUCAGGACCAUGACUUGACGAUGGCUUCCCUUGAAGAUGAGCUCCUGGGCAAGAUAUCAGAGAUCGAGAAAUCACUAGCCGCGCUUUCCACCCAACAAAUCCAACUGGUCGAUUUGAAGAAAUCGAUAUGA